AUGCCUUCCCUUUGGGCCCAUCUCUUUGGUCCUCGCCUAUAUGGAAUCUUCGGGGGUGCAAAUCGCCAAGAAUCGACACUAGAAAAUCUUGGAAAUACAGUUAUAUCGUUUUCUACAGGAAUUUACUACAUUGUCAGCUCUCUGGCUUUUGGACCAUUUAUACUCAGCUAUUUGUACUACAGAGAUUGGCUCACGCCGGUGGGAAUGAUGACUAUCUUGAAAUAUGCCGGUUAUCUGACUUUAAUUGGCUACGGAGCAAGAACGUUCGGACGAUUUUUCGAUGAAACCAAUGCCAGAUUCUUGGAAGUGUGGGAGAAUGAAAGUAAUAAGAAAGAUGAUAACAACCAUGCAGCUUUGAAAAAAUACGACUUCGAACUUCUCAAUGUCACUCCUGACUUCGAAGCUCGGCCAAAUGCAGAUCUUUGGCAUUUACAACCAGAAGUCACUGAAGUGGGCGCAUUUACUCGCGGCUUAGCCACCUGGGCUAUUCAUGCCUUCGGAAGACACUUGAUUUAUCCAGGAUCAAUGGGUGUAUUGAAAUAUAUGAUGAGGCCCAACUUGAACGCUGCCAGAAAACUUUUAGUCCAGAAUAAGAACGGUCAACGCGUCUGGAUCAAAACUUCUGAGGGCGACGUCCUUGAUGCAAUGUUCCUCCGUGGUACUGCAAACUUAUCACAGAAUUUGGUACUAUGUUUCGAAGGAAACGCUGGGUUUUACGAAAUCGGAGUCAUGAAUUCACCUGCCCAAUUAGGUUAUACUACGCUCGGCUUCAAUCUUCCCGGAUUCGGUGAAAGUACAGGACUUCCAUAUGCGAAGAACACUUUGGCAGCAGCAGAUGCUGUUAUGCAAUAUGCUAUUCAAGUACUUGGUUACCGUCCUGAAAAUAUAAUCCUUUUUGGCUGGUCUAUCGGAGGAUUUCCAGUUUCAUGGCUCGCUGCCAACUAUCCAAACGUGAAAGCUGUCGUUUUGGAUGCCACAUUUGAUGACUUGCUGCCAUUGGCACUAUUCAGAAUGCCAACGUUCUUCUCUUCUAUCGUUGAGUUUGCUGUUAGAAAUCAUAUGAAUUUGCAAAUUGAUAAGCUGUUGGCUCGAUACAAAGGACCUAUUCGUUUGAUCCGUCGUCUUCAAGAGGAAAUCCUGACAACCGCAGUUGAUGAUCAGCCAGAGAAUCUUCGCAGAGCAACCAACCGAAUCAAUUGGCUUUUGAAAUCGAUUAUUAGAGAUCGCCAUCCAGAGCUAAUUCGAAACUUAGAGCCCCAAGUUGACCGCUGGCUUGAUAUGUCUCCUACCGAACGUCUAAUGCAUUCUGGCGUCAGUCUCCGAGAAGAAUCUCAGCAAAGAAAACGAUUAUUCGAUGCUUGUAGUCAUUAUCUGAUCGAUUUUGAUGCCAAUCAUGUUACACCGCUAGACCCACAAUUUUUCAACAUUCCGGAAGGUCGUGAUAGCUUCUGA